AUGAUGAAAAAAUCUAGUAGCUUUAGUUUUUGUCAACUAGCAGCAGCAGCAGCAACGAGUAGUACCGGUAGUAAAACUCCACAACAUCCACCUGCAAAAUUAGAUCUCUUAAAAUUAACGUCACAAUUAAAAGGUAGUAAUUCGGCCAAAAAAGUAACAGACGAUAGUUUUCGACGCUGGGAAGAACAAAGAGCAAAAAAAUUAGAGGCAUUGAAUAUUAACACAAAGACUGGAAAGAGAAAAACACCAGCAAAAAGUGAACAGCCGCAACAACAAAAAUUACAACAACAGCUUCCUCAGCAGCCGAAAAAAGAAGAGAAAAUACAACAAAUACAGCAACAUCAACCAAAAAGAGAGGAGAGGCAGGCCGUCUUAGUAAAAUAUAAUCACCAAGAGACAAUACAACCACCACCCCUAAAACCCCGCAACCCGCAACAAACUACAUCAGCGACAUCCCAUAAAACAUCAUCGCGUCAUCAUCAUCAUCAUCAUCAUCAUAGAGAACGUGAACGCUCACAAACAGCACAACGUCGACCGAAAAUCUCACUCCAUCCGAAUUGGUAUACGGAAAAUAUUUAUACAAAUCAAUCAAUGGACGAUUCAGACUGCGAUAGUGGCAUUAUCAAGAGACCAUUGACAACAUCUGCAUCAUUUUCGCAUUACAAUACGAGAAGUAGUAAUCGAUAUAAUCAGUCUAGAAAUAGCUUUCAUCACUACGACUUUAAUGGCAAUAAUCGAACGAACAAUAUCAAUAUUAACAUUAGCAAUACGGCAAAUACAAAACUCCAUGGAUAUUCAUCAUCAUUUGAGGACGAUGUUUUUGAUGUAGAUGCGCAACAGUGCUUUGAACGACAUCGCAAUUACCCAAAAUCGCAUAGUUGUAGUUUUGCUGAACGACAACGAGAGAGAACGGUAAUUGAUGCACGGUCACGAAGUGUCCCAAAAUCUCAAUCAUUUACUGGACCAAAUCGAACAAAUCAAUAUGACAUGGACUUGAUAGAGUAUCAACGUUAUAAACGAAUGAUGGCAGCACAACGACAGAGUGCAGGAUAUUUUGGCACCCAAGCGUCAUCACAUCAACAGCACAGCAAUGAGCCACUUGUCAUGCGAAUUUGUGAUCGAGAAGGUUGCUUUAGUGAGACAUGCCUCGUGAAAAAUGUCAAUAAUAGUCAGAAUAUUUCAAUCAACAAUAACAUAAUCAAUAACAAUAACAUCAAUACUUCACACAUUAUAAAUGAAUGGGAUUUGAGGAACAAAAAUAGCAAUUAUCGAGAUCGAGGUGAUUCAAGACGAAAUAUGCCACCACGUGAGACAUUUCUGGAUGAUGUUGAGACGUUCGAUGAUGACGAUUUCAUUUUCAAUGAUGGAUUCUCGUUUCAAGAAUUUCCAUGUCAGCCAGCACGUCCUAGCACAAGACAUCCACGCUCACAUCAUAAUCCAUACUUUUCAUCAAUGUGUUGCUCACAAAAAUUCCCACAUCAAUUUCAUCGACGAAGACGAGUCUACGAUCGUGAUUUGGAUGAUUUAUUUCGUCGUGAACGUUCAAAGGUGCUUAUACGUAACAAAUUUGAUAAACUCAAUAAAUAUAGUGAUGAAUUUACGGACGAUUAUCAGAAAUCAUUUGAGGAUUUAUUUCAUGAAGGAAAAACGACUACACAUGGGCACAAUUUAAAGCCAUCUAAGGCAAUGUUGGAAGUGAAACCGCCAAAUAAAUAUGAUGAUACUGAGUCCGACUCAACUGAUUUAGAACUAGAUGACUUUAAUAUUGAUUUUGAGAAAUAUUGGGAGGAACUUGAAGAUAAGAAUCUUUCAACAUCAUCAACACUGGAGCUUGCGGAUGAGAACUAUGAUGAUAACAAUAAUCAUAUGGAUAGUAAAAGCACUGAUCAAGAUAUCGAUCAUUCAAACAAUGAGAGUGAUGCUAAUAAUAAUCCAAUAAGUUUUAUUAACGAUUUUUAUAAACCAACAAAAUAUUCGCCUCUUAAUUCCAAGCGCCUUGACUACUUUCAGAAAAUUUUGCCACCAAAAAAGAUUAACAUUUCAAGUACAGCACGUCCAUUAGGUCUCGUAACACCAAACGAUAAUGUAGAAUAUGGAGCAUCAAUGAAACGUCCAUUGACAUUAAGUAACAUAAUUGAAUCACCCGUUCAUGAUUCAUCGUUCACGUAUAAUCAUUGUGAUGAGAGCACAGAACAUCCGAAAUUCGAAAUAAUUCCAAAAAAGACUGGUCUUAAAAUUUCACCACUAUACAAUUUUGAAUUUGAUAACUGUCAUAAUAGUUUAAUUAAUAAUACAUGCAAAUUAAAAAGUACGGCGCGUCCGCUGAUCUUUUGGUGA